AGUACAUGCAAAAUUUUGAUCUGUGGUCAACUGUCACUGAGCAACUUAUAAGCAAGACGACUUCGGGAUCAAAAGGAAUCAGCACUCGAAGAACAUUGAGUCAGCGCCGCGACUCGUUGCUGAACAUGCUUCAGGAUUCAGUGGGUAUAUCAACAGCUCAACCGGGAGCCAAAGGUAUAUUAGAUCCAACGAGACGAAUCACAAAAUUUCCUGGCAUUACGGCAUAUCGACGACCUGUUCGAGAGUAUCCAACGUUAGAAGAAUACCUGGCGUCUUUUGUAUCGAUGGAGGAAAACGAAGACAUCACGGUCGAGCAGGCAAACGACAUCAUUGUCAAUGAAGCAAGUCUUCGUGAUCGUAUAGAUAACGUCAAAGCCAAAGGUGGAUUGAAUAAAAGUCUACAGACUGCCUUACGACGUCAAGUGGAGCCAGCAAGAGGAGAAUCGCAUCACGAUAUGUUGAUGACGCAAGUUGUUUCAACAUCCAAGCUUUUCCACAACAACUCAAAGUAUCGCAAAGCUAGUGCAAAGAAAGUUGCAAAAGCAGUAGAGCGUUAUUGGGAGUCACUACGAACGCAGGAUGAGCGAUUGGUGAAGGAAGAAGCGCGCCGGUUGCAACGGUUAGCAAAAUGGACAGCGCAAGAGGUCAAGAAAAAGUGGAAAGUUGUUGAGCGCGUUUGCGAAGCUCGAUACAAAGAAAUGAUUCAAGAGGAGCAAGCACAACGAGGCAAACGGCAUUUGGACAUGAUUCUGGAACAUUCCGAGCAAAUGUUAGGCGUAAGAAUGGGCGAGUUGGCUUCGAAGCAGACUACGGAGACUCCUCUCGGCUCAGAUAUCGACACACCAAGUACAUAUGUCAAUGGUGCGGGUAGCAAGGAAGCACCUUCUGCUACCGAAGAGGACGACAGUGACUUGGAAGAUCCCUAUACCUGGCAAAACGGCGAAGACGAGGCGGAUCAUUUCAUUGACGAUCAGUCCAGCUCAGAUGAUGAGGAACUUGGUGGUUUAGAGGCAGAUCAAGAUUUGCCAAUUGAAGAACUGUUGAAGAAAUAUAACUACCCGGGUCAAGUCGUCGAUGACGGUUCUCUGGAUGAUGAUAGCCAACAUGGUUCGAAUACAGAUGUGGACGAAUCAAUAGAUACCAGCGUGGUACAGAUUGUGCGUGAGGACGGCACCCCUGAAGAAGAAGACGUUCAAUCGGCUUCUGAACAAGGGUCAUCUGGCCAUGUGUUUACCAGUACGGAGACAAAGAUUCCAACCGCUAUACCUGACGCAACGACUGAAGACCAGGACGCCGAAUUUUCAGCGCUAGCAUCUGAUGAAGAUAUUUUGAUUGAGCAAGAUGGCGAUAGUGAAGAUGAUGAUGUCGAGAUCAACGGAUUGGAGGACGAUGCCAAUGUCCCUAUUGAGGAAUUGCUAAAGCGCUAUGGGUACGGUAGCCAUAUAUCGACAGAUGAAGACGCCGACGACGAAGAGGAAGAAGAUGGCGUAUCAGAGGCAGAAGGAUCUGAUGCAGCGUCGGACGCCAUGGACGUGUCUGAUGUUGAGGUCACAGAACAAACCGCAGACAACGGUGAAAUCACAAUGCCAGUUGCUGAUCACCCUGACCCAGAAUUGAAACUAGCGGCCGAGGUUUCGAAAGACCGAGCACCAGCACGACGACCUCACGAUCCUGACGAUGACAUUGACAUUAUCGGUGUAGACGAAGACAUCCCAGGACCAGAUGAUGAUGAAGCGAUGGGAGCUAACAAAGACAUUGAGAUGUUGGACGACAGUCAUCCUGGCGAUGCUGGCGAGGAAGACAGUGAUGGAACAGAAACCGAAAUGGGUGACGAAGUAACUGAAGUCAGCGACGAUGAUGACUAUCAAGAUCUAGAUAAAGCCAAUGAUGGCAAAGAAGCUGACCCCAACUCACCACCAUCUCCAGCGCAACCCACAAUGGAGGAGAAGAAAUCCACCGAACAGCCUUCUCAAGCACUUGUUCAGUCUAAUCCAUCAUCAACCUCUGUUCAACCGACUGGCACAACUCUCUCAACUACCACUGUGAGCACCAAAGUUCCCUUUUUACUUCGUGGCACCCUUCGUGAAUACCAGCACGUUGGCCUGGACUGGAUGGCAAGCUUGUAUGCUAAUGGACUAAAUGGCAUCCUGGCGGAUGAGAUGGGUCUUGGUAAAACAAUUCAAACUAUUGCUCUGUUGGCGUACCUGGCAUGCGAAAAGGGCAUAUGGGGCCCGCAUCUGGUCGUCGUCCCUACCAGUGUCAUGCUCAACUGGGAAAUGGAAUUCAAGAAGUGGCUACCUGGAUUCAAAAUCUUGACGUACUAUGGUAACCCCAAGGAACGAAAGGAGAAAAGACUAGGAUGGUCCAAAGAGAAUGCGUUUCAUGUUUGCAUCACUUCGUAUCAACUCGUUUGCCAUGACCAAACUUCAUUCCGUCGAAAAGCGUGGCAAUAUCUCAUUUUGGACGAAGCGCAUCACAUCAAGAACUUUCGAUCUCAACGAUGGCAGGUUCUUCUCAACUUCAACGCAGAACGUCGUUUGUUAUUGACUGGUACACCGUUGCAAAACAAUCUGAUGGAACUGUGGUCUCUGCUGUACUUUCUUAUGCCGAAUGGUGCCUCUCAGUCUAUGCCCAUGGGCUUUGCUAACCAGAAAGAGUUUCAAGAAUGGUUUUCACAUCCCGUUGAUCGAAUGAUUGAAAACGAGCAACCACAAAUGGAUGAGGCUUCCAGAGCUGCCAUUCAAAAAUUACAUACUGUACUACGGCCUUACCUGCUACGACGAUUGAAGAUAGAUGUGGAAAAGCAGAUGCCUGCAAAAUAUGAGCACGUUGUAUAUUGUCGACUUUCCAAACGUCAACGCUAUCUUUAUGACGAUUUCAUGAGUCGAGGAAAAACCAAAGAAACCCUAGCCAGUGGCAACUUCUUGAGUAUUAUCAACUGCUUAAUGCAACUGCGAAAGGUUUGUAACCACCCGGAUCUGUUUGAAGUGCGACCCAUCGUGACGAGUUUCGCCAUGAACGACAGUGUACAAAUUACUGGAAGCAUCACAGAAUUGCUUGUUCGCCGUAAUUUGAUCUCUGAUGUCGAUAUGCUGAGAGAGCGGUUUAACCUGGAGUUUUUUAACUUUGAUCUCAUGAAAAACGAGUCUUGUAUGUCAGCUACAGCUGGACAAUGUAUGGAUGACUUACGAGCCGACACAUUGUUUGAGGCACGGAUAUGUCAGCGACGUCAGCAAAUUGCCACGUUCGAAGCACGACAUGUCAACCGACGAACCUAUUACGAUUUGAAGCAACAUGCAAGAGCCAUGCGCCUUCAACGAGCUCAAAACAAGGUUGAAAGGUUAGAACAGAUGCUUUACAUCAACAAGUGGCGUUGCGCACAUCGACCUAUGUUUGGUACGGCGUUCAUCGACUUUUGCCGAACGGCCACAGCGAACAGUGUGGAUCGAGUUCACGAGACUGCUAGUCCACGGUUAUAUCUUGAACGACCCGAUGCUAUUGAAAGUAUGGUGGUUCCCUACGACACUAGAGUGACGAGUGGCAGUGAUAUUUGGAAACGAUACGCAUUUGUCACCCCUAGCGUGUUAGUACGCGACUGGAAAGCUUUAGUUCUAGUCGAUCUUUCUUUGGAUGUACAAGAAUCAUUACACCAGCUGGCUCGCUAUGAUAUGUUCCAUGGACUCCGAACCUGUCUGUCGAUCGCAUUUCCCGAUAAGCGACUUCUGCAAUACGAUUGCGGAAAACUUCAAAAGCUUGAUACCCUAUUGCGCGACCUUAAGGCUGGUGGUCACCGUGCUCUGAUUUUUACUCAAAUGACCCGUGUUUUGGAUGUUCUAGAGAUAUUUUUAAAUAUUCAUGGCCACCGUUAUUUACGUCUUGAUGGCGCCACCAAAGUUGAACAGAGACAAAUUCUGACCGAGCGAUUCAACAACGAUAACCGAAUUUUAGCCUUUAUUCUCUCGACGAGAAGUGGAGGUCUUGGUAUCAAUCUAACAGGUGCUGAUACUGUCAUCUUCUAUGAUUCGGAUUGGAAUCCAUCUAUGGACAAACAAUGUCAAGACAGAACACAUCGAAUUGGUCAAACUCGGGAUGUACAUAUAUAUCGUUUUGUGACCGAGUUCACGAUUGAAGAAAACAUUUUCAAGAAAGCAAACCAAAAGAGAAUGCUUGACAAUGUCGUCAUUCAAGAAGGAGACUUCACCACUGAAUAUUUCGAGAAGAUGGAUUGGUGGAAAGAUUUACCGGAGGUUGCAGGAUCUCAGCAAGUGGGUAAAAACAACCUCGUCACCGCGACAUCCAAUGUGGAUAUCGAACAAGCUUUACUGGAAGCAGAGGACGACGAAACAGAUGCUAAGGCUGCCAUCGCUGCACGCCGAGAGAUGAGAAUGGAUGAGCGAGAGUUCGCAGACACACCUAAUCAAGAUAAAGUGGUCGGUACGGCCAUCUCUUCUCGGUCAGCUACCAAUUCACCUGGUCCACGAGAAACUGGUACUACGUUUCCUUCAGACGCCAUGGAAGUGGACGAUGGCAACCCCAUGGAUACUGAUCAAAUCGAUGAAGAGAUCUCCGAGCAGGAGAUGCAAAUUGAGGUUGGGCAUGUUGAUCAAUAUAUGCUUCGAUUUUGGGAGAGAGAGAUGUUUGGCCAAUACCUCGGAUUUGGCGGACUUCCUGCUCCCGAGAGUGUACAAUAAUGAUGCGAGAAGCCACAGGGAAAGCAUGGCAUUUUGCAUUGCCUCUCUCUCUCCUCUGGGCUAUACUUGUUUACAGUACCCUUUCAUACCCUUUCGCAAAAGCACCUUCUUCUCAUUUUGGCACUUUCCGUUAUCCUGUAGAAAAACAAGGUGGGGCUAUCAUUUGAUGUACCAUUAACACUCUCCCCAACCCAAACACAAAAUAAAAAAGAUAGCCCCCACAUCAUUAAAAAGAAACAAACAAAAUCGAUUUGUAAUUCUUGUUUUGA